AAAAAAAAAGGAAAACAACAACAAACAACAAAAGCUCCCCCAUAACAGGUGGCGGGACUUCGAAUACAAACGCCUUCUCUCUCUUUCUUUCUAUCACGAGAAAGCAGAAACUCAGCCUCCUCCUCAUCAAUGCGCUUCUCAUCAUCAUCAUCAUCCUCAUGCCCUUCCCUUUUCCUACAUUGAAUUUGUGAUUUCUUCUAUCUCCCGAAAUAUCUCCGCUCUCUCCGCUGCCUGCAGGUUCCUCCGUGUGUGCUACUCCGUUUUCUGUCUCUGUCCCUGAGCCUCAGAUUGAGAGUUUUUGGAUCUGUGAGCUGCUGCGAUUUGAGAGAGAUGGAGAAGAAGAAGUACCCGAUCGGCCCGGAGUUCUACACGCUGUACGAGGAGAUAGGGCAGGGCGUCAGCGCUUCGGUGCUCCGCGCGCUGUGCGUGCCGCUCAAUGAGAUCGUCGCCAUCAAGAUCCUCGACUUUGAGCGGGACAAUUGCGAUCUUAAUAAUAUUUCUCGUGAAGCGCAAACAAUGAAUCUGGUUGACCACCCUAACGUUCUUAAAUCACACUGCUCAUUUGUUAGUGAACACAAUUUGUGGGUUGUCAUGCCAUAUAUGGCUGGGGGUUCUUGUCUUAACAUUUUGAAGGCUGCCUAUCCUGAUGGUCUAGAGGAGGUAGUUAUCGCAACAAUCUUACGUGAGGUAUUGAAGGGUUUAGAGUAUCUUCAUCACCAUGGGCACAUACAUCGAGAUGUCAAGGCUGGAAAUAUUCUCAUUGAUGCACGUGGUGCAAUCAAACUGGGAGAUUUUGGUGUUUCUGCUUGCCUCUUUGAUUCGGGUGAUAGGCAGCGUUCAAGGAACACAUUUGUGGGGACACCUUGCUGGAUGGCCCCUGAGGUUAUGGAGCAGUUACAUGGUUAUGACUUCAAGGCUGAUAUCUGGUCUUUUGGUAUAACUGCAUUGGAGCUUGCCCAUGGUCAUGCUCCUUUCUCAAAAUAUCCUCCUAUGAAGGUCCUGCUUAUGACUUUGCAAAAUGCUCCCCCUGGCCUUGAUUAUGAAAGAGAUAGAAAAUUUUCUAAGUCUUUUAAGCAGAUGAUUGCAAGUUGCUUGGUAAAAGAUCCUUCAAAACGACCUUCUGCAAAAAAGUUGCUAAAGCAUCCUUUCUUUAAGCAAGCUAGGUCAAGUGAUUAUAUAGGACGAACACUUUUGGAGGGGCUGCCUGAUCUUGGUGAGCGUAUUAAAGAAUUGAAGAGGAAAGAAGAAGAUAUGCUUGCACAAAAAAAAAUGCCAGAUGGGGAAAAGGAGGAGCUAUCACAGAAUGAAUAUAAACGGGGGAUUAGUGGUUGGAAUUUCAAUCUUGAAGAUGUAAAGGCUCAGGCUUCCCUGAUCCCAGAUGUCGAGGAUUCUGGGUCUGAUUUAGGAGGGAGCUCGAAUUCUUUGUCUGGGCUUGAUGUGCAUGAGAAACAAUCUUCUAUGGGUCAUCUUUCACAAGUUGCAGAGGAAGGUAGUGAUUUGAUGCAGAAUCUGCCAAUUCCUCUUCCAUCAGUUGACUCAGCCAUUAAUAAUAUCAGUUUAUUUUAUUUUUUAUUUUCCAGAGUUCAAUCUUAUAAAUCUGAUGACGAAUCGAGCAUUGCCAGUUCAAGCCAUGAACACCAUAUUUCACAGGGUUCUUCUCCUCGUCAUGAUGAUCAAAUUGAAAAUAAUUUGGCUGAAAAACCUGAUCCAGAAAUUAGUGAAAAAUUAUUGGAUAUGGCUGUUCAAUCUCAGAAGGUUGGGAGUUCAUCUGACAGCACCAGUUCACUAGAAGUCAAUUGUCCUGUGAAAGGAGAAAGUGGUAACUUGCAAAAUCAGCUUCGGAAGAUGUCAAGUUGUAAUGGAACAACAGUUGUGACAGUAGUAGACGAGGCACCUUCUGAAAUAAUUUCUAGGACAUCCAAAUCAUCAGCAAACAGUGAUGAACCUGACGAGAGAGCAAAGAUGCCAGUUGUUCAGCAAAGAGGACGUUUCAAGGUCACAUCUGAGAAUGUUGACUUAGAAAAGGUGGUUUCAUCUCCAAUGCUACAAAAGAGUCACAGCUUUCAGGUUCUUAAUCAGCCUCCUACAAUUUCUCUUUCAUCACCUUUGCCAUCACCAUCACUAUCCGAAGCUACACCUUCGAAUCAUCAGGGUCAUUUCCUUUUUUCGUUGUUGAAUUCUGUUUUGCAGUCAAAUAUUCUUCAAAGGGAUACUAUCCUAGGAAUCAUGAGACAUCUCUCUUCUAGUGAGUUUAUAGCUAACUGUGCAGCUGAUGGGGGGUGUAUGCCAAUGUAUACAAGUGUGGCCGAGAAAUCAAUGCUUGAGGCUGCUCAUGAGAGGGAAAAGGACUUGCUCCAUGAAGUGGCUGAAUUACAGUGGAGACUCAUAUGUGCCCAGGAAGAAAUCCAGAAAUUUAAGACAGAAAACGCUCAGGUAUGAUUGUGUACUCUUCCAUUUGUGCCUUAGCAGACUUAUUACAAAUUUCUCAAACCCCAACUAUACUUGAGAAAACAAACAUGAAAGAACAACGAUGGCCAAAAAUACUCGAAUGACUUUUAGGGCUUUAUUUUAAUCUGUAUUAUAUAGUUGUUCUUUUUUUUUUUUCCCCUUUUUAAAACUUGUAGCACAUGUCAAAAAAAAAAAAAAAAAGUAGAAAAGAAAGAAAGAUGGUUGUGCACCAAGCAGGGUCACUGAUUAAGUUGUUCAUGUAUAUGAUCUAUGGCUAUCUUUUCUCAGUUUGUAAUUAUAGUAAGAAUGAUAUAUUAGGCAUGAUUUCUGCCUACAUGUGUAGCAGAGUUCGGUUUCUUUGUUGCA